CAUCAUUCUAAUUUGCAAUAUUAUUGUUAUCUUGGCUGCGCAUCAACAACAUGGGAAAAAGUCCUCAUAAAACAUCACAUCGUGUGUGCAUAUCGCAACUGCAGUACUACCGUAGUAUUACACGUAUAACUGUGGGUAGUACCGGUACCUCCUCUCGAGAGUUUGUCCACGGAAGCAUCGAAAGCGUUGGGUCAGUUCAACACUUCCUUUUUUGUGUGACCACGAAGCUGCAGAGACUUGCCCUGAGAAAAAUUGAAAGCGCCAAGAAUUGACGAGUCCGUGGCAGCUGUGUGUCGUGGUCUUUUGUCAAACCGUGCGACGAUGAGCGAAGAAGUGCACUAUGAUGUGGGUCCGCCUCCGCCGCCGCCACCACCACCGGCCCAUCUGAAAGAAAUCCACAACCCUCUUGAUGCGGCCAAAAUGGAACAGCCCUGUCAUGAUGUGGAAGACGAGCAUCAGCUUCCAGAACCUGAACAGCAACAACCGGUACAUCACCAACACCAUCAUCCACAUACUCACGAAGAGGAAGAUGAUCUACAUGCACUCACGGAGCGACCCAGUAAGCACGACACUGAUGAUAUAGUAGAAGACUGGCAAAGAGUUCCUGAAGAGGAAGAUGAACAUGAUGCAAAAACUGCUCAUCUCAUCAAAACAACUCAACCUUCCACUCCUUUGGAACACGCUCUUACUGAUAUGCUUGCCAAAAAGCAAACACACGUUCUACGCCUCACUAAUGAAAUCCAAAAGCUCAAGGCCUUCAUCAGUAAGCGCAAGCAAACAUACAAGCGGAAGAGAAAGGAAGAAGGGGCUCCUACCCGGGCUCUUUCAGCCUACAAUAUCUUUGUCCAGGAUCGGUUUGCCCAACUUGCCAAGGAAAAUGAAAAGGCCCUCAAAAGUACAGAUUCAGAUGCACAACUCAAGCGUGUGCCCCCGGCCAACCUAGUAGCUUCGACCGGGAAUCAAUGGAAGGAAUUGCCAGCGGAAGAAAAGGCAAAGUACGAAGAAAGAGCCAAAACUGAUCGAAAGCGAUACGAUGAACAAAUGGCACGAUACAACCCACCAGAUAGAGCUUCGAACCGAAAGAGAAACAAAACUGGAUACAACAUGUUUUUCUCGGCACAUGUUCUACGCCUGAAACAAUCCGAAACUGGGGUUCCAUCGGAGCGGGGGAGCGUUGCGAGAUUGGUGGGCACGGCGUGGAAGGCUCUUUCGGCCGAAGAGAAGCAGUACUACGAGCGCGAAGCUGACAAACACAACGGAAUGCAUCCUGUCAAGGACGACGUCGAGGAUGAGGAAGACGAAGAACGGAAACAACAGCAUCAUCACAUGGAUCCGUAUGCUCACAUGCACCCCGGCGACAUGCAUAUGCAUGGGGGAAUGCAUGCGCCCAUGCAUGGACAUCAACCGCAACACGAUCCUCGUCAUCAUUAUCCCUAUGCAACACACCACAUGUACGGCCAAGGACCGUAUGGGCACUACGAUUAUCAACACCAUCAACAACAGCAUCAUCAUUCUCGCCAUGGCCAGGGUCGUUCUCACGGUGGUUACGGCCAUGGGUACCCGCCACCACAGAGAAAUCCAUACGAAGGAAUAUAGAGCGGUUGCUGGAUUCAUGGUUGAGGGCGUGAAGCGGGGGCAGCCUGAUCCAUGAAUCAUUUAUGUCAUGACCCUUGCUUUGGACAUCUUGAUUUUAGGCUGAGAUCAAGCCGUAGCACGAGGGCAAAAAUCCGACAGCCAAGACGCCAGAUCAAGCUCGAAACACACAGAUCAAGAUCAAGGCCGUCAAUGAGGUCUUUGUGAGUAAUCUACAUGACAAAAGCCCGAGUAAAUAGCCCUACUGUUGUUUAGUGCUGGAGCACGU